AUGCAGACUGCUUCUACAAACAUUUGUGAAAAACUGUGCAAUAAGUCCAUCCAUGACAUUUCCUUGCCACCAAAUAUUCCACGGUCAACUGUUAUUGGUAUUAAAACAAAGUGGAAGCAACUGGGAACAACAGCAACCCAGCCACAAAGUGGUAGACCACGUAAAAUGACAAAGCGGGGUCAGUGCAUGCUGAAGCGCACAGUGUGCAGAAGUCGUCAAAUGUCUGCAGAGUCAAUAGCUAAAGACCCCAAAUCUUGUGUGACCUUCAGAUUAGCACAACACCAGUGCGUAGAGAGCUUCAUGGAAUGAGUUUCCAUGGCCGAGCAGCUCCAAGUCUUACAUAACCAAGUGCAAUGCAAAGCGUCAGAUGCAGUGGUGUAAAGCCACCGCUGGACUCUAG